CUUUUUUCCCCUCUUCAGUCUCGCGGUACACGUUCCACGUUCUGAAUCGCUGGCUGGAAAUUAGCGAGAGAUUUCCUGAGACGCAUUCGUUCCGUCGAGUGCCUCUGGACAUGCUCUCGUGGCUGUCCAAGUCGUCUUUGAACUGAUAAUAGGGACUUCGUUCUAUUUGUAGCACUUUUGUGUUUCGCCUCUUCGAAGCUUCGCGGUUCAUUUCCACGAGAUUUCCUGAGACGUUAGCCUGUUUAUUUCUCAGAAUGCUUCCUUCGACAUUCUUGAGUCCAUCGAGUCCCACUGGACCAUUCCAUACUCGACCAGUCGUGUCCUUUUCUUAUUCGACUCCGCGUUAACUUGAACGCUGCAUUUAAUUCUAGGGUUAUCUUAAAGUUCUUGUUUCUGUUUCCGUGAAAUCGAACUGCAGCCACGUUCGAUUAAAGCGAGACGCGAACAGCCGAUCUAUGGCGCUUGAGAAAGUUUGACAUCUUCCAAUAUCUCUCCCCAAGGAUGUUCUCCAAGUUUGUACCUCUUUCUGUUUUACGAGAAAGUUUCGAUCACUGGGAGGGGAAAUUCUCUCCUGCUGUGUGCUCUAUGAAUUCGCAUAAUAGCAUACAACGAAGAGCAUAGAAUUGUACUAUCUCGGUAAUAAAUAAGAAAGUAUUGCUUUCCACGAAGAAGAGACGAUUAAUAAGCUACCGGUCGGUAAAGCGUCAAGUUUGAACAAUUUCGUUGAACUUUUUAGUUUACUUUUAACGAGGGCUGGUCGAAACGUUUAAUAAAGAUAGUUAAAUGCUCGCCAGGCUGUACCAUUAUUCUGAAGUUGAGAUCUACUUCCUACCAGCAAUUAUUUUCGAAAUCGCAGUUAAUUGCAGAGCGUUGGAGCAAUUAGAAUUUCGAGGUAAGGGCAAAAAUAUCGUGCCCAGAUUCUCUUGGAAAAUAUUGCACAGUUCAAUAUACAUUUAUAUUAUAUUGUACAAUAUAACACAAACAUAGUAAUGUUGCAUAUAGUUUCUAUAGAAUUGUCCCAAGGUUCUUAGAAGAUACUGUGCAGCGACGGUCCAGUGGGAAGUGCGCUUGACUCAUAAUCCAGAAGGCUCAGGUUCGAUUCCUCGCAGCUUGGAAAAAGAAUUAUCCAACAUAGAGAGUCCCUUGGCCCUUUCGGUUCGAAUAGUUGGAGACUUGUAGCACGUUUCAGUACCGAGUGAACAUUGUUCCCACUCUCAUAGGUUUAGUCUUUCUCAAGACAAGAUGCAGACUUGAUGGAAACUUGGUACACUUUCUCAUCAUCGAAUGACGUUUCUGAACUUGAAUAGUUGGAGACUUGUAGCACGUUUCAGUACCAAGUGAACAUUGUUCCUACUCUCAUAGGUUUAGCCUUUCUCAAGAUAAGAUGCAGACUUGAUGGAAACUUGGUACACUUUCUCAUCAUCGAAUGACGUUUCUGAACUUGAAUUUGGACUUGUCUCAACCCCACACCUCUCAAACUUUCUUCUGGCUUCUGAUUUACAACAUUCCACGAGUAGAAUAACGUCGAGCAAUUACGAUUAGCCACUCGCAAAAUCAGAUCAAUAGCUCGGUUCUUCAUCCGUCCUUGGCUCCCCCGAAUACCUUAAAGGUGCAGGUUUCAGACGAAGACAGGAGAACGGACUGCAUUGCCGCGUGCUUGGAAUUCUCGAGCUUUAAUGGAACCCAUAAGUCGCGCCUAACGUAUGAAAAACCUGGCUCCUAUAUUCGCGCUUCGCCAGGAAUAAUAACACAGCCAAUUUGUAAAACAAGUUAUCUAAUAUUCAUGCGCAUUCCUCGCACUCGUUUCGAGAUGUGACGACCUCCCCGGAAUAAGUAUGAAAAAUCGUAGGACGCUUAACGAUGAGCCAUCUUGUUCGAUAAAGCACCACGAAAGAUUUAUUUAGAAUCCGUGGAGAAGAAAUGUGGUUACAACGGUCGCUGGGAGGGCCAGAACGGCACCAGCAACGAGGACUCGCCCCACGGCUGGGCAAACUACACGACCUGCUUGACACCGGAAAUGCUUCGGUUGCACGGGAAAGUUUACACAAACACCAUCGAGGGUAACAUGAAGAUGGACAUAGCCGAGAGGACUCGAACACUGGAGUUUGUCGGUUUAAGCAUUUCCUUGGUAGCGCUCCUCGCCUCGCUCGCUAUAUUCUGUCGAUUCAGGUCCCUAAGAAACACCAGAACCAGAAUCCACAAGAACCUGUUUGUCGCCAUGGUUGUCCAGGUUCUUAUACGCUUGACUGUGUACAUCGACAUAGAGAUCCUCAGGAGAAAGACGUAUGGCAUUCAACGAGGCAUUGGGAACACCCCUGUUCUAUGCGAGGCUAGCUACGCUCUGCUGGAGUACGCAAAGACCGCCAUGUUCAUGUGGAUGUUCAUAGAGGGUCUGUUCCUGCACAAUAUGGUCACUGUCACGGUAUUCCAAGAGACGUCCUACUACCGAAUGUACAGAUUCGUUGGAUGGGGAUGCCCCGUUCUGAUGACUCUCGCCUGGGCCGUCGUCACGGCGUUCUAUUACCACCCGAAGUCCAGAUUUUCCAGAUGCUGGUCGGGAUACAAUUUGUCUUCCUACUUUUGGAUCCUCGAGGGUCCCAGGUACGCGGUGAUAUUGUUCAAUUUUCUGUUCCUGCUGAAUAUCGUGAGGGUGCUCGUGGUGAAGCUGCGACAGAGUCACACCAGUGAGGUAGAGCAAGUUGUAAAGGCAGUGAGAGCUGCCGUGGUGCUUCUGCCAUUGCUGGGCAUCACCAACGUGCUCUUUAUGAUCGAGGCACCCCUGCACAACGUGAAGAAAUUCGCGGUUUGGUCCUACUCGACGCACUUUCUGCAGUCCUUUCAGGGCCUCUUCAUCGCGACCCUUUACUGCUUCCUAAACGGCGAGGUGAGGCUCGCCCUGGACAAAACUAUCUCCGUCUACCUUUCCCUGAGAGGAACUGACAUCCAGGCCAGGAGGCAAUCGACUUUCAGUGGCUGUCAACCUCAACGUAUCGCGUCAGUGAUCGAGAUGGAGGAGGAAGAGAUCAGAUCCAGUGGGUGGACAAGACUGUGCUGUCGAGGUGGAAACACUCCACCGCCGGACCGACCUGCCGACUGUCUGACCAUGGAGUACCUCUGGCGCUGGACGGAAGCAGCGAGAUCUCCCGGAAAUUACCAAGACCUGCGCCGCGAGCUUCAUAGGGGGUUGGAGGAGCACCUGGAGACGAGCCAGGAAGUCGAGGCAUCGGGAGUUCGGUUCGAGCCUCCGUCAAACUGGCCUGGCCGAGCCGAUGAUUCAGCUCCAGGCUACGACAGUCUCGAAUGGUUGCGAGUCGGUAGAUUCCUCGGUCGAGGAAACGAGGAUCUGCUGAUGGGAGCGAGUACCUGCAGACUGUGAAACGUGGCAGGUGGUGGACAAACCGUUGAGCGACGGUUCUGUCAUUCCGUCAGUCUGGACGUUAGCCAGAAAGUCUGGAGACGAUCUGUAUCGGACUUAAAGUCUCCUGGAUGACACUGAUAGUAAUCAGAGCGUGCAAGGGCCAAGUGUUUUAGACCGAACGUUUCAUCGCGGGAUGAGAGCUCACUUGGAAGACCUGGACGCCGACCCAGACGUUCAAGGGCUGGGGAUAUCGGGCUGCGAGUGUCAUCGUGCGACGUAGAAGAAUCUGGGAGAGCUUGGACGCCAGCCAAAAUGUUGGAGGACCAGGUGUUUUGGACUGCGAGCUUAAACGACGAUGUAGAAGCACCUGGAGGGAUUGGUAGAUCAGCCAGGGAGUUCAAGAGCCAGUGUUUAGCCAAAAACUGCGUGGACCUCGAUGAUAUUCGCCUUCAGGCUAGACCUGCUUCAGCUAUUUGCUAAUUUUUUAGCUGCUUUUACCGGGACGACCACCUAGGACAUCUUGGUUGCCUUUGACGAUACGAUGUCCUUGAUAUCUUGACAAGAAACUACCUAAACAAUGCUUUACUUUUUAUUAAUUUUUAAAUAAUAAUAAUCCUCCUCUUCUUUGCGUCGUCAGAGGCAACCAAGGUACUUGAGGCAGUUGAGAUUCGUGUUCGAUUUUAAGGAGUCCAUCAAACGGUGCAAUGGACCGUCGAGAGAGCGAGGGUUUACGGGUGAUUAGGGUAACCUCGGUGCGAAAUUACAGCCUGAUGCGCGGUAUUCGAGUCAGAGCUUCCUUGAGUUGAGGAAAUCAGGGACGGAAGGGGGGGAAUUGAUGAGAGUUGGCGAGUUUCGGAACACCGAGUCAAGGGAUGCAUGUUAACGACACUUUGAAUGCAAGUUGACGAGUGGAAACCUUCCAAGUUCGAAUGCGAAUUUAAUGUUCGUAAAUCGGUGGAACGACUGAAUAGAAAUUCGAAUAAGGAACUUUUAAGGUAAUCUCUGCGUUGAAAUUUGCCUUCGAAUCGCAGCGAUCGACGAUUCGCCUACUUUUAUUUGUGUAGGAUGUUCUUUGUUAGGAGUCUCUAUCGCUUGAAAUUUUAGAAUGUAUCUACGUCGAGCUGUGCACCGUUUGAGAACGUUCACGACGAGGAUGUGGAGAGAAACGCCGAGUCGUUUGCGGAGGCAACUGCUUUCCUGGCCCUGAACCAGAAUCGUCCAACGAUUAUCUCGCGAGAUUCGGGCAAUUACCACCCACGUUGAAGGACUCGUUCAAGUUCACCGUCGAUAAAGCCGCGAUAGUUGCAGGAAAACCGUGUGAAAGUGCUGAUGCAAUGGGUUUCUUCUUUUUUUUUUUUUUUUUUAAUGAAAAUUCACUAUUAUAAGGGUAGGAGAAGUCGACACUUUUUGGGAGAUUUAAUGAAGUUUCUGUUUGGUUAAAGCAAGUGUAUGGAAUUGUAGAGAUUAGAAUUUAUAUGAAAAAUUAUCGACAUUUCGUUGUACCGAUCAAGUUGUGAGAAAAUCUGUACCUACGGAGGAGAAUUGAACCCUAACGCCUUCUGGCGUGCUACUUCGGUACCUUAUCGUCGAUAUAUAAUCUUACGUUUGAUAACUACUUUUGGAAAUUCAAAUCAUAAAUAUCCAAAGAAGUGUCGAGUCUCUGCGCGUAUAAUACUAAAUUUUCGUAAACAGAAUUUUAAAUCUACCAAGAUGCGAAAUUUCAAUCGAAUCGGUGACCUGAAUGGCCUGCACUCUCCUCGCGAGACUAUUCGAAUAAUUUAAUAUCGUACGAGUAUUCCAAUCCUACGAAUAAACUUCGUGUAUCAUUAUUUCGAAGUUUAUUCGUAUCUCUGUACUCCGAUUCGACCCCAGUUUUGGAAACCCAUUGCUAGAGUUUUGUUGUUCUCAUAUUUGGAUACUCGAAUAUAAUUGAAUCCUCGAUUAUCCGAAUAUCAUUCUCCCAGGGGGAGAGUCAUUUUUCGAAAGCUGUAACGUCGCCUAUCUGUCACCUGUGUCGAAAGCGCAGGGUAAUUAGUCGUAAGGCCAAUUAGCGGACGCGUCGUUGCUUGAAUAAUUUUUGUAGACGUGCGUUUUUUUAAUAUGUAAAUAAAUAAUCGUGACAUCGUGCGUUUGCAG